AUCACUACCCAGCAGUUACAAACGGCAGACUGUUGAUGCUCACCACUGUGCUCUUAAUAUAUAGCUUAUCCUUGUGUGACGCGACGUGAUGUGACGGUGAAGUGAAUGGUGGCCACAAGAAGAAGAAGAAGAAGACUUGUUUAUAUGUGACGUCACCAAAGCACGAGGUGUGGAGGUGCAGUUGUACGUGCCUCUUUUUACUCCUAUGUGUCUGUGCACCUGUGUCUGUAUCCCUCACGUGCAAUUACUUUUUAGAGCACCAGUACGUCACAGCCCCUCACCAUUACCAAGGGUGCCAGGCCGCCACACACCAGCCGCUGUGUUGUGAAGAUGACGGGCAGACACAUCAGAAAUGAUUGACAACUGGAGAGUACACAACAUAAAAAAGAAAAAAGAUAAUACAGAAAAAGCACUUGCAUCAUGUCAGCAACCAGUGCCAGGUGACCGCUGAUGGGUGUUGCCAAGGCAGGCCGGAUGGUGAGGAGUGCUGGCAGGAACAGCCACCAUGGAGUACAGGAAGGUCCAUGAAAUGUUCUGCAGCUUUAACCAAAAGUACUUCUGGGGAAAAUUAAGCCAAGUGAAACUCAACUGGAGUAAGAAUAUGACUCUAGUCACAACUGGCCAUGAACAUUGUUACCAAGUUGGCAGAACUCUCCUUCCAAACAAUAACAUCUCCCUUCUCAGCAUCAUCCUAGUAGGCACUCGACGCUUCUCAGUAAGGUGUGCUGGAAAGACCUACUGCAGGGAGAGGCGAGGGGUUUUUUCAUGCUCCAUCUACCUUAGUGAGGCACUCUUGUCCCAGCGGCCUGCCGAUGACACUGUCAACACCUUACUUCAUGAAAUGAUCCAUGCAUACUUGUUUUUGACGGAGGGCCGCAACCACAAGAUGGGCCAUGGGCCACAGUUCAGGGAGCACAUGACUCGCAUCAACAAACUCCAUGGCUCAAAGAUCACUGUAUUCCACAACUUCCACAAGGAGGUAGACAAGUUCCGGGUCCACGUGUACCGUUGUGACGGCCCGUGCACUAAGAAGCGGCCUUACUUUGGUGUCCUGCGCCGUGCCAUCACCCGCCCCCCUGGCCCCAUGGACAAGUGGUGGGCCAAGCAUAGCCAGGAGUGUGGGGGAACAUUUCACAAGGUAGAAGGUCCUGAUAUUUCUCCCAGCACUUCACAGAACACACCCAAGCCAGCAAGAGCAAGCCCAGCAUUCUCACUAGGUACACCAUCCCCCAAGUAUACACCUUCCCCAAGAACAAUUACCUCACCUGGGGCACGGUCCAGUGGAGUCACAUCAAGGGGCACCACAAGUGACACCACUAAAUUUAUAUCAAGUGGUGUGAGGAAAAGAAUUGCCUUUGGCCAGGAGAAAAACACAGAUGGCUCAACCUUUGGUGAGGACCACGUGGUACAAAAAAUAAAGGAGCGUCAUGCACACACCAGUCGCUCCAUUCUGCUAUCCAAGGAGGAGACAAAGAUGAUGUGGCGGGGACCCAGCCCUGAGCAGGGAACAUUGGUGGAGGGCCGAGUGAACUACAAUUACAGGAUUAAGUCUGGCUUUAAAUUUAACAUUCAUAAAUACUUGGAGAGAUACAGAGCUGUAAAAAAUGCAGAGGCAAGAUUAUCUCAGAAGAUUAAAGUAUCUCAGGGUCCUCAUGCCUCCUCUAAUGCCCAUAAAUUCACAAGGCUUCAAUCUCCAGAGACUCAUACACCAAGAAGAACAGAAGCUACCAAGAUGUCUGAAGUAUCCUUUGAUGAUAAAACAUGCACUACAAGCCCUAAGACUGUACCUCCUGUUGUGACAUGUUGGAAUUGUGGGGUAAAUGUCAUGGUGCCUAAGGAUGUGCAGCACUCACAGAGAUCAGAUACCAAAGACAUUGUUUGUGACACCUCUAAAAUUACUCCACAAGGAAGUAAAAAGAACUUGCAGGAUAAUGUCUCUCCAAAAUUGGUUCCAUGUCCUUCCUGUGGAGGUGAGAUUCCAGAAAAUGAACUUAAUAGUCACCUGGAUGAAUGCCUGUUGCCAUUCACUGAUGAGUUUUAGCUCAGAUUGUUCAUAAUAUAUAUAGUCUUGAAUGCAAUUACUACUUUUACUGAGGAUGUGUUGGUGUUCAUUCAGUGAGGUUCACACAGCAGUGGCAUAGGAAGGAGUAGUGGUCAAGUGGUCAUCUCAUGGAAGUAGAGAACUCAGGCCUUUAAGAAUAUGAGUCCCUCUAGAAUGUGACCUUUUUUUCUGCAGCUGUCAAAUAGCUAAAGAUUACCCAAGUGUUGGCCAUCAGUCCCCUCUUUGACAGUGUACACUGGGGAGUACCAAGGAAGUGGCAUGAGCCUUUACAGUUGUCACUGUGCAUGGUGUGUCAGUAUCAGGGAUGACUGGAUGGAAUAGAUUAAGGUAUAGUUUUAAGACCUGACAUACAGAUUAUUCUAAAUAAAAAUGUCUUUAUUCUAUAAUAAUAACAUGAUAUGCUGGUUCAAGUUUGCAAACUUCUGCUUUUCUCAUGCCAGUUUUUAUUGUUAAUCUGUGAUAUAAUCUAAGGGUGUCAGGUUUGAACUCAAGUUGUGGAAGAAACACUUGCCAUUUAAUAAAUUACAAGUUGGGCUUCCAUUAUUUGAGA